AUGUCAUUUUUAAAGCGAGUUCUAUCUCGUGAGCCGAAUAAAAGAGACAACAGUUUAUCUACAAGCAGAAGUGCAGUUUCUAUUAAAGCAGGAAACACUUUAAACAUUACACUUCAAAGUGCAAAAAUCAAUAAAAGAAAUUCAUUAAGAAAAAUACAAACAGAAUCUUCCACAAAUCAGCUGCAAAUUAAUACAAAGCCUCCGUUAUCAAACAGAAAAGUAUCUUUUCAGCUAGUUAAACCAGAAAUACCUAAGUUUCAUAUAAGCUUAAAGUCUUUAUCAACGCCAGUAUCUAUUGUGUCAACCCCUCGAUCAAACAAAACCACUCCUAAAUUUUUAGCAAAACCUAAUGAUUUUAUUGAGCCAGAAGUUGAAUCUGAUAUACCCACACUUAAAGAAUAUAUGGAAAAUACAACGAAAACGAGAGCCAAUGUUUCUUUUGCGGAUACAGCAACGGAUAGUGCUUCGAAAAGAUCAAGCAGAGAAAUUUCGAGGAGUUUUUUUGAAGAUAAUAUGAGCCAGACUGAAAAACUACCUGAAAAAGUAGGAAUUUUGAAAGUUAAAGAAAAGAUUAGUCCGAUGAAAUUAAAAGGAAUACUUGGGGCACAGCUGGACAAACAGAUGAAAAUAGAGAAAAAGCUGAGUUCGGUUAUUAGAGAUAGAGCAUGCCAAAAUCCUAUUUUGUAUGGAAAAAAGGGGUAG